CGCAGCUCUUCGAGAGGACAUCCCGGAGGGGGCACGUCCGCGCUCCCACUUCCUCCUGACGCAGCCUGUGAUUGGCUCGCAGCCUUAGGACAAACACGUGAAGCAGCAGCUGAGGCUGGCAGAAACUUACCGGCGGUCUUCGGGUAGCAUCGCACCGGACGGCGGUCAGCUUAGGACAGCCCGGCCUGGGGACAAUGAGGUCGUCGUGCGUCCUACUGGCCGCGCUGCUGGCGCUGGCCGCCUACUACGUGUACAUCCCACUGCCCGGCGCGGUGUCCGACCCUUGGAAACUGAUGCUGCUGGACGCCACUUUCCGCGGCGCACAGCAAGUGAGUAACCUGAUACACACCCUGGGGUUGAGCCACCACCUGAUAGCGCUGAAUUUCAUCAUCGUUUCUUUUGGCAAGAAAAGCGCAAGCUCUUCUCCGAAGGUGAAGGUGACAGACACUGACUUUGAUGGGGUGGAAGUCCGAGUGUUUGAAGGCUCUCCAAAACCCGAUGAGCAACUGCGACGCAGCGUGGUCUAUAUCCACGGAGGAGGCUGGGCCUUGGCAAGUGCAAAGAUCAGCUACUAUGACGAGCUGUGCACAUCAAUGGCCGAGGAGCUGAACGCCGUCAUCGUUUCCAUCGAAUACAGGCUAGUUCCACAGGUCCACUUUCCCGAGCAAAUUUACGAUGUCAUCCGUGCCACAAGAUACUUCCUGCAGCCAGAAGUCUUAGACAAGUACAAAGUAGACCCUGGCAGAGUCGCUGUCUCUGGAGACAGCGCUGGUGGGAAUUUGGCAGCUGCCCUUGGACAGCAGUUUACUUACAUUGCCAGCCUGAAAAAUAAGCUCAAACUGCAGGCUUUAAUCUACCCAGUUCUCCAAGCUUUGGAUUUCAACACGCCCUCUUAUCAGCAGAACGCGAACACUCCCAUCCUGCCACGCCACGUCAUGGUGAAGUACUGGGUAGAUUACUUCCAAGGCAACUAUGACUUCGUGCAGGCCAUGAUUGUGAACAAUCACACUUCCCUUGAUGUGGAGAAGGCCGCAGCUCUCAGGGCCCGUCUCAACUGGACAUCCCUGUUGCCCCCAUCCAUCAAAAAGAGCUACAAGCCUGUCAUGCAGACCACGGGUGAUGCCAGGAUCACCCAGGAGAUCCCUCAACUGCUGGAUGCAGCUUCCUCCCCGCUCAUCGCAGACGAGGAAGUGCUUCAGGACCUCCCAAAGACCUACAUCCUCACCUGUGAGCAUGAUGUCCUGCGGGAUGACGGGAUCCUGUACGCCAAGCGCCUGGAGAGUGCAGGUGUGAACGUGACCUUGGACCACUUUGAGGAUGGCUUCCAUGGUUGUAUGAUUUUCACAAGCUGGCCGACCAACUUCUCUGUGGGAAUCCGGACUAGGAAUAGUUACAUCAAAUGGCUGGAUCAAAACCUGUGAUGGAGUAAAACGCCUUGGAAGCGCGAAGCUCUUGGCCUCCUCUGUUUGCUUUUCAAUCAUUGGCACUUUUCCUAGUUUCUCACGAGUACUGGAAUGUGCAUCCUGCAGACCUUAUAAUAAUCUACAUUUUAAAAGUGACUCACUGACAAGUUUAAGAGAUUCUGGGCCAUUUUCUCUAUUUUUUAUUGUAGCUCACGUGGUACGAAUGGUCACAAUUUGAGGAGCUAGAAAUAGCCCAGGUCCGGCCUCUAUUGUGUCCUUUCCACAAGAACUUUUUCUGGCUAUGGGUGAGGUAAUAACUUCCGAGGAACUAAAAAGAAUGAGAGCUUUUCUUCAGUUCCUCAGGUUGAAGUGGGGUGCAGAGCAGGGUCCAGGGGACACUCUGAGGCCAGCACUGGGGUCUGUGCGUCCUCUGCCUCAGACAAUGGUUGUGUUUCCUGUGGGAAUUUUGACAGGGUUUCUAGCAGGCCAUACUUCUUUUCAAAAGCUUUUCUUCUCCCAGAGUGUUAAUUUAUGAGCAGGAUGCUGUACAUUCAGUGGGGGCUAAGGGCUACUGGGAAGUUACUUUCUAAUCUUAUUCUGAGAAAACAAGAGGCUGCAUGUACUGAAUAUUUCCCUGAGAAAAUCUUUUGGAUUUAUUUAAUUGUAGAGUAAGUUACUUAUUAUGAAAUAAGUCAAGAUAGACAAACAAAACAGCCUAUUGUUACUUAGGCACACUCCUGGCAUAAAUUACUAAGAGUGGUAUGUAUAUAUUUGUAAUAGUGAGGAAAUAAACCCUGCUUAAUAAGACCUUAAAAUUAUGAGAAGUACCUUUAAAAGGGCUAGUCCAUUUUUGGAAGAAGGGCUAGUCCAUUCUUGAAAACCCAACUUUUUCACUUGUAUGUAGCUGAAAAUUAGAGAAUUUUGGUAUAGUGUAUUGUUGAUUUUUUAAGUUAUUUAAUGUUAAUAUAUAGCUAAACAUGUUUUUUCUGAAAGAUAUCUAUUAUAAAAAAUUUAAGAUAAAAGGCAUUUUAAAAGGAAAACUACCAUAGAGUUAUAUCCAUGUGUAAUUUUGUGAAUAGCUAGAUAAAUUAUAGCAGUAAGAAUCAAAUACUUUGAUAUUUAUAUGCAUAUGUAAAUUACAGUAACUAGAAACAUUUUUACUAGUACAGACAUCCAGAUAAUGCUGGCUGAUCAUUCUAAUCCAAAAUCUGAACUAUCCCAAAACCCAGAUGGCACAAGUAGAAAAUUCCAGACCAUAGAAGUUUAUUUUAUGCAUAAAAUUAUUAAACCUGUUGUGUGAAGUUACCCUCAGGCUAUGUAAAUAAGGUGUAUAAAAAGCACAAAUGUAUGUCUUAAUUAGACUUGGGUCCCAUUCUCAAAAGAUUUUGUUAUAUAUAUGCAAAUAUCCCAAAGUCUAGGAAAAUUCAAACUCUGAAACACUCUUUCCCCAAGCUUUUCAGGCGAGGGAUACCCAACCUGUAAUUUAAAGAUACAUAUACUCACCUCUGCCCAUGAUGGCCAGGAGAGUCCUCAUGGGAAUCCCUGUGUGUGAAGGGUAGACACCAGCACUGCCCACUCCCCCGAGUUUCUCCGUGUAGGUCUAGACGUUCCUACUGCCCAGUCUUACCUUCAUAAAUGGUCUUCACUGCCAGUGUGGGCAUCUUGGGCAUAGGAAGGGAUUCCAGAUUUGAGUUGAACACCCUGCCCUCCUUCCUGUCACCCAGCUUCUGCCCACGAUCCAUGCUACAGUUAGGGACUGUCCAGAGGGCAUUCAAAUGAGUCAUGACACAGUAAGCCAUGAAAGGAGAGCAGAGCUUUUCCACUCUUUGAAGCAUGGGUGCUUCCUUUUUCCAGCAACGAGAACAAGUGGAAAGUUUCACUCUGGCUUCCAUUUAUUGUUAAAGCUACUAGCAUCUUUAUAUGUAAAACAAAUGUAGCAGUGUGUGUGUUUGUGUGUGCUGUUGCGUAUGAAAAUAGUCUUAUAGAUGACCUUGCUGAUUUGCUCAGUCACUGUCUCUGGUCUCCCUCUUGUCUAAAAUUUGAGAGCAGAAUUGAGAUCGCUUCUAACAUCAGUCUUUUCUAUGGUGAUUUUUGAUAGGUCAUAAUUCUGAAUACACCAACAUAGCCAUCUCUAAGCACUGAUUUUGCUUGUAAAUAGAUUUUUAAAAAUUGGCCACACAACAUCAGUGCCUCCCUCCACAGGGUUACCAUUGCUCAUAUUUAGGAUAGAAAUUGAUGCCCAUCUUCAACUGAGGUAAUGGGGGGGGUGGAAAUCACCGGGCAUUUUUAAAACCUGAAAUUUUAGUUCUUAUUUGAAUGCCAACCAUCUUGUCAAGGUGCUGGGAAUGGAACCCAGGGCCUUACAUGCUUGGCAAGUGCUUGAUCCUGAGCUACAUCUGGAACCUCAUUACUGUUUUCUUCUACGACAUUUAAAGGCAUGAAAUAUAUUUCAACUUUACCUCUAAGAAAAAGGAAAGUUAAUAUAUUCACAAAGUUCCUUAAAAUGGUACUUUCUUCCCAAACUAUGAGCCAAAGUCGGUAGAAAUCACACAAUGUUGUCCACAGAUGCCUGAAGAGCUCUCGAGGAUGAAGGGGGAAUGAAGGGGACAAAGGGGCCACACACUGUAUCUGACAGAAUACUUGGGGUUUUAUUCUUACAGGGAUGCUGUGCCCCAUAGUCUUUUCAGUAUAAGGUAGUUUGCUUUCCUUUCCCUGUUUGAUGAAAAGGUUGCACUUUGGAAUACUAGAAUCUUUGAAAUCAGAGCAUUAACAAAUGAAGGACAAUAAUGAGAUGCUGCAAAGUGUCAUGAAGAUUCAUCUUGUGUUUUCACAGUCAUUUGUGAGGACUCGAAGACUUACAUAAUGAUUGUGAAUGGAAUGUUUUGUGUAAGACAUUUUAACCUUUGACUUUGUGCCGAUUUCCCACUGCACAGGGGAAGACUGAUUUUAUGAAGAGUUUUAGGAACAAUUGUAUUUUAUGGAAUGAAAAUCCAGUAUAGUACUGGGAAAGUUUGUUUGGCAUCUUGUUUGGGAAUAAACCGGGUACAUCUGGAAGCACA